AUGCCGGUGAAGGAAGUCGUCUAUUCCUCUGCACAUGAGUCGUUGAAGCAGCCACAAGUGAUCACCACUUCCCUAGGUAAUAUGAUCUUAGAAAUCCAGGGCGAGCUGAUCCUACCAGUCGAGAAGCCAGAGGUUGGCUUCAUCGACGAUGAGUCAAAGUACUCCAAGUUGCUAUCAGCUGAACAAUGGGCUGUGAAGUUUGGAAGACUGGAGCUUAGUGGUAAGAAGGCUACGCUGUUCAUUGGAACGUCGCAAAGAUUGCUAGGAGACGUCAAAACGUUGGAUCCUCCAUUGGCACUGCUGAAGUUCCCAUCUGAACCUGAAACUGAUGAACCUGUCGAGGUUGUUGAUGUUAUUAAACAUAAAAUCAUCUUCACUGGUCGUCCUUUACCAAUUAUGUAA